AUGGCGGCCAUGUACGACCCAGGACAUCUCUCCUCAGAACCGGGCUUCUCAUUCGCACAGUCAGCACCACAGUCGCAUUCAGCACCGCGGCAGCAUGGCUUCUACCCAUACACCGACAAUGGCGGUUCAACACUCGGCAUCAGUGGAUCCGACUUCACCAUCCUCGCAGGCGACACGCGAUCGACAUCUGGCUACAACAUCAACACUCGCUACGCACCGAAGCUCUUCAAGAUCGGCGGCGACGGCCCUAACAACGAGGGAUCGAAGAUUGUGCUUUCCGUCGUUGGUUUCGCGGCAGAUGGCAACGCGCUGAAGGAGCGUUUGGAUACGGUGGUCAAGAUGUACAAGUACCAGCACGGCAAGGACAUCAGCGUACACGCUUGCGCUCAGCGACUCUCACACAUUCUCUACGGCAAGCGGUUCUUCCCCUUCUACGUGACCGCCAUCCUAGGCGGCAUCGACGAGGAGGGUAAGGGAGCUCUGUACAGUUACGAUCCUGUUGGAUCGUAUGAGCGCGAGCAAUGUCGCGCUGCUGGUGCAGCCAGCUCGCUCAUUAUGCCAUUCCUCGACAACCAGGUCAAUUUGAAGAACCAGACAGAUCCCUCGGCGCCGCAGGGUCUGUACAAGCCUGCAUUGGAGGCCAAGCCGCUUCCACGUGCGCAUGUGGAGGAGCUGGUGCGAGAUGCAUUCACUAGUGCAGUGGAGAGACAUAUUGAGGUUGGUGACGGGCUGCAGAUCAUGGUGAUCACAAAGGAUGGCAUUGAGGAGAAGUACUCGCCGCUGAAGGAGGAUUGRGCGUGGCUUCGAUUGGCGUGGUGA